CUUCAAUAUGUGUAUAUUACUUUUUAAUUUACCAGAACCUCUGCCCGGGAUAUAUAAAAAGUUGGAAAAGUUUAUCAUCAAUCAACUGUUCGUUUAUAAGUACUUGGCAAUAAUUACCUUACAUUCUAAGAAUAAAUUCACGUUCUGAGAAGAGUAGCACACGCUCCAUUCACUAGUAAAAUAUUUUUGCGGCUUAUAACAGCGUUAAAAUCUCAAUGCUUCCUGCUUUGAGGUAAAGACCAUAGAAUUCUCUUGAAGAGCUUUUUAACGAUCAAAAGUGUUUGUCCAUUUACAAAAGAGAUUACUGGCGUUCGCCAGUUCAGCGCGCGAUUGAUUAUAAGCACGUGCUACAUGUAAAAAACAAACCUUUGAAACCUAAUUACCAACGUCUUCUGUUUGGAUGCUGCAGAAAUACAAAGCUAAAGUAUUCUACCUUUGCUCUUAGGAAAUUGAGCGGUACGGUCUUUACAAGGUUUAUAUGUUAAUAUCAAUAAACGAAAGGAAAAACAAAAAAAGUGCGGAACUUAUGUUGUGCUUGGAGCCCAUCAUGGGACAACGGAUUGCAAAGCGUCAUGCAGAACGUGGUGUCAUUCUUUACAAUCAACAAAAUUACGCAGAAGCGUUAAUUGAACUUGAGGACGCUUGUAGGAAAUUGUCAAAAGAGGAGGAUAUAUUUAGAAAUCUGAAUUACUUAUGCUUGGUAUAUAUGGAACUCGGGCGAUAUCACGAUGUGCUCCUGAGCGCAAAACGACAAGUGGUCGUCAGUGGACAAAUGCAAAACGACUCUUUACAGGCGGAGGCGACUUUCAAUAUGGCACGAGCAUACGAAAGACUUGGGGAGUAUCGAACUUCAGUUUCUUUAUGCACGAGGAGUUUAGUGUGCAAAAAUCUUGUUGAUAUGUCUCCGCUUUCGGGCUAUGCACAUUUAUGUCUUGCUAACAGUUAUUAUGGUCUCAGUGAAGUUCGGAGAAGUUUAAAACACUACGACAAAUCAGCGCACGUUGCUCGCAUUUUGUGUGAUACGGUGUUAGAAUUACGAGUAUUUAUGGGCUUAGGGCAGCUCUUUAUGACGCUGCAAGACAAUGCCACCGCACUGCAGCAUUACGUCAGGGCGUCGGAAAUCGCUCGGCAAUUUUCGGCGAAUCAUCCAUGCAUGAAGUAUCAACGUCGGGUGGCAGUCGAGAUGGCGGUGGUUUACGCCAAGCUCGGCCGACUAGGAGAAGCGCUGGAAAUAUGCGAGGAGGCGAUGAAACAGGCGCUCACCCAUGGUGACAGGUUAGUGCAGGCUAGAUGUUUACUCAACUUUGCAGAAAUUCACAGAGAGAAGCAAAAUUAUCAGAGGGCGUAUCCUAGGUACCAGUCGGCGUAUGCCAUCUCCAUGGAAACGGGUGACCGGAAGUGCCAGCUGGAUGUACUCUCCGGUAUGGCACUAUGCGCAUUUGGUUCACAAGAUAUGGAACAGUCGGUGGAACUUAAUGAAAAAGUACUGAAACUAUCUCAAGAAAUAGAUUCCAAGCUGGACAUGCUGGAGAGUCACAGACGUCUUUGUGACGUCUACAUGUACUUAGAUUCUCCGGAGUUCUCUCAGCUGCACGGGUUUCAUGUGCGGCAGUUGCUGCACGAGUUACAGUUGUAUUGUGGCGUAUGCACGGAAAUUAUCGGCGAAAAGGAUGAAAAGUUACGUCCAUUGCCUUGCUACCAUAUGAUCCAUGAAAGGUGUCUUGUUCACCUCUAUCGACCAACGUCAUCCUCCACAUUGUCGCUACAGAGACGCCGCCCGUGCCCCACGUGCAGACAUAGAACCUCUUCAAAUCCUAUAUCAGAUGAAGAAUUUUGAAAAAGGAACAUGAUCUCUCCUUACCAUUUCAGUGUUCAAAUCAUAAACUUGUGGAAUAAGUUGUUAUAUGUGUAUAUAUAAUUGUGAUCAGUAUUUAUUAAAUCAUUGACAUGCACAGCUUCUGUUACACUCUGCGUAGACUGUCAAACUUCGGUCCUAGGACGAUUUAAGAUGAAAAAUAUGCACGUUAAAUUGAAAUAAAGUUUGCACAUUUCAAACAAUUCUUUCUACAGGGUUUCUGCAUAAUCGUGUUUGCUAAAUUGAAGUCCAGGAACCUACCGCAGUCUUGCUGAAGCCCAUAUGUAUGGGAUAUGCAUUUCUGAUCGUUAACUUAGCAAUGGGUUCAAGUCGAAGGUCAAGAUCGUCGAUCGAACGGCAACUGAAAACAAUAAACCGUUCUCUGGUUCUCUGGAAAGGAUUGUCUUGUAAAUGGCGGAGAUAUCGUUAUCGCAUUUUAUUGGCUCGGAACGC